UUGUCAUUCAGUUGAGAGUCUUCAAUGUCAAUUCAAUAAUUCGGUCCUGUGGGCAUUGGUGUUCACUCAAAUCUUCUUAAAUUUCAAAUUUUCCUUGCACCUUUAACUCCAGAAAAUCCCUUCACCUUCUUCAUCAUUAUUAUCAGUACUGAAGUAGUUAUGUAUUGGCAUAUUCUUGAUUCUCUAUCUCUCUCUUUCUCUCUCUCUCCGGUUCUGAAUGCAUAAUUGGUCAACUGAUAUCUCAUAUCCAGAUUUCCAGUGAUAUAAUGGAAAUGUGAAUUUGGUCUUUUUGGAUUUGAAUGCCCAGAAGAACAUGGCACCAAGUUCUGUAGUGGUAAAAAUUGAGAGCUCAAAGAGCAUUUCUAGAAUUGAAGUGAUGGAUUCGAAUUCUCAGGCCGUCAGGGAUAAAGAAAAGGCUGCAAAUCCGAGAACAGUGUCGUGGGUUUUUCUUCUCAGAGCUGUGGCGUGGCUUCCAUGGCUGGCAAAGGGUGUUUGGUCGACAUUUUCGACUGUUAAGAAACGGAUUGCGAAUGAUGUCAGGGAUGAAGAUCCCAAGUACAGAGGGAAGGUGUACAGGUUUAUCAGAGCCUUUCUUGGAGUUUCUGUGGUGGGAUUGAUUCUGGAGGUGAUUGCGUUUUAUAAUCAAUGGGAUUUGAGCCUUGUGGCGGCUCCCUGGGAGGUUCAGAAUAUCUGGCAAUGGACUUACAUGUCGUGGCUGUCUUUCAGAGCUGACUAUGUUGCUCCCUCCAUUGUCAUGCUCUCCAAGUUCUGCACUGUCCUGUUCCUCGUACAAUCCUUGGACCGCCUCGCCCUCUGUCUGGGCUGUUUCUGGAUUAAGUUCAAGAAGCUCAAGCCACAAAUGGAGGAGAAUGCAUAUGACCCUGAAGAUUGCUCAAGCUUCCCCAUGGUUCUUGUGCAGAUUCCCAUGUGUAAUGAAAAAGAGGUUUUUGCACAAUCAAUCAUGGCGGCUUGCCAGUUGGAUUGGCCGAAAGAUCGUCUUCUAGUUCAAGUGCUGGACGAUUCAGACGAUGAGGCUUUACAGCAAAUGAUCAGGAAUGAAGUUCUGUCAUGGAAUGGGAAAGGAGUGAACAUAGUGUACCGACAUCGCUUCAUCAGAACCGGCUACAAAGCAGGCAACCUUAAAUCAGCAAUGGCGUGUGACUACGUUAAGGACUAUGAAUUCGUGGCAAUCUUCGAUGCAGACUUCCAACCCAGCCCAGAUUUCCUCAGACAGACAAUUCCCCAUUUUAAGGGGAAACCAGAUGUGGGACUUGUUCAGGCACGGUGGAUCUUCGUGAACAAGGACGAGAAUUUGCUCACCCGCCUUCAGAACAUCAACAUGUGCUUCCAUUUCGAGGUGGAGCAGCAAGUAAAUGGAUAUUUCCUCAACUUCUUCGGGUUUAAUGGGACCGCGGGGGUGUGGAGAAUCUCGGCCCUGGAAGAGUCCGGUGGGUGGCUGGAAAGGACUACUGUGGAAGACAUGGAUAUCGCGGUUCGAGCACACUUGAAUGGAUGGAAAUUCGUAUACCUCAACGAUGUUCGGGUGCUCUGUGAGCUCCCAGAGUCCUAUGAAACGUACAAGAAACAGCAGCACCGUUGGCAUUCUGGUCCUAUGCAGCUCUUCAGAUUAUGCCUUCCUGCCAUUUUAACUUCGAAGAUAUCAGUUUGGAAGAAGGGCAAUUUGAUCUUCCUGUUCUUUCUCUUGAGGAAGCUGAUACUUCCAUUUUACUCUUUUAUGCUCUUCUGCAUCAUACUUCCUCUAACAAUGUUCAUCCCGGAAGCAGAACUACCUCCAUGGGUGAUCUGUUACAUUCCCAUUAUCAUGUCCGUCUUGAACAUCCUCCCAGCCCCGAAAUCUUUCCCCUUCUUGAUGCCAUACCUCCUGUUCGAGAACACCAUGUCCGUCACAAAGUUCAACGCCAUGGUCUCGGGUUUAUUCCAAUUAGGCAACGCCUACGAGUGGGUAGUGACCAAGAAGACAGGGCGAUCAUCCGAGCCAGACUUGCUAGCUUUUGCAGAGAGGGAAUCCAGGAAUCAGCAAGGGGAUAAACUGCAGAGACAGUUAUCGGAUUCGGGGCUGAAAAUGUAUAGUAAAAUGAAGGAGAAAGAGGUGCAGGCUAUCCCCAUUGCUGCUGCUGCAAAGAAGACCAAGAGAAACAGGAUUUACAGACAGGAAUUGGCUCUUGCUCUCCUCCUGCUCACUGCUGCAGCAAGAAGCUUACUCUCUGCUCAUGGGAUUCACUUCUAUUACUUGCUGUUCCAAGGCUUAACUUUUCUAGUUGUUGGUCUCGACCUGAUCGGAGAGCAGGUGAGCUAAGUCACCGCUCACCUGCCUAUGUGAUCGGAGAGCAAGUGAGCUAAGCAACCGCUCACCUGCCAAGUACAUAGGUCUUGUUUGGCAAUUAACCGCUAAAGUGGAUUAAACAGUUAAGACAGCUGUUUACCAAACAAGGCCGUAGUCACCUUGCUACAAACAAGAUUCUACUACAAAUACUCAAAUAUAGACAUAUAUAGUUAUACAGGUGAAUGAACCUAAGGAGUAGCAUACUGAUUUUUUUUCUCUCUUUGUAAUUAUAAGUGCCUUGAGUAUUUGUAAUAAACUAAUAAUAUAGGGAGUAAUAUAUUAUAAUGUAUGAUAUAAUAUAAUAUAAUAUAUUAUAUGAAUAAAGUAUUUCCAAUGGUUUUUGAG